AUGAUAUUUGUAAUGUCGCCAUUUGUGACAUAUGACUGCAAUUUGUCGAAGAACUCUUAUAUUGAACUUUCUGCGUGUUGUCGAUUUCAAGUCACUAAUUGUGCGUUUAACAUGCAGCAGAGGCACUUACCUCUGAUGCGUCAGGUUACAGAGAGACGGUGUUCUCUGCCGGUAAGUUUGAUGUAUCUGGCAUUUCUGUUAAAAUCCAUCGUGGGGCCUCAAUGGUUGCUUAUCAACAGUUUGAAACCUUCCAGCUGGACUGAGUUGGAAGAAGCCAAAUACAUGCACAGUCGCAGCUCGGAAGUGCCGUGUGAUACCUGUCUCAUUGCCACUUUGGGGCUUGAUAAUAGAGCAAGUUCUUAACCAUCGCUGGUUCUUUUGGAUGGCCAGGUCCUCACUUCCCACCCUGGAAGUUCUUGAAACCUGCUAUAGACAUUAUGUAAACCAAGCAAGCACUUUGUUCUUAGCGGGGAUGUCCGAGUUACAGGCAUUACCGAUGUGUCGAUCAUUACGGGUUGAUAUACUGGAGAUUCAUCUGAGUGAUGGUUUGGUACAUGUCUCCGUUAUUCCAGGAAAGAAAUGCUGGACAGUCAUGAGAUUCAUCUAAGUGGUGGUUUGGUUCGGCAUAAUAUCCUGAAAAUAAGGCUGGACAAGCAUGUGAAGCACGUGGCACUGAGUUAGUUCGCCAUCAUUCUUUAGUUGGUAUACGUCUUGGUUCGACAUGGAAUACAUAGGGCCCAUGAGUUUAUAAUAUUCUGUUGACUUGAGGGGCUUUUAGACCGGAGUAUUUUUUUGGGUAAAUUGGGAGGGGUACACUAAAUUGGAUUUAAUUGUAAACAAAUACACAGAAAAAAAUGUAAAGUAAG